UUAUUAAUCCACAAAAAUAAAAAGAGGGAAAAAGUUCAAAUCCCUAAUAUGAUGAAAAUAAAUUGAGAGAUGGAAAAGGGAGAAGAAGAAGAUCGUAGAAGAGAAGCAGCAAUUUCAUCAACACUUUCUCUUCAACCUAAUUUCAAUCCCAAAGGCGUUACUCAAGAUCAACUCUCAAAGUUUCGUGAAUUGCACAGGAAACGCUUACAACUAAAGUCAAAAUCAAAGUUUAAGACAAAAUCCAAAGAUGAAGCCAUUAAGAAGGCACAAGGUAAUGAUGUUUAUAGCAAGAAGAGUGGAGCACACGGAUUGAAAGUUGAUAACAAAGAACAAAGCCUCUUGAACAAUUGUGAAAACUAUGAUUCGAAAAUUGAAGACUCGAAGAGUGGUGCAUCUGUUCUUUACGCAUCAAAGAAGCCAAAAUUGCAUUGGGGGCUUGACACCAAGGAGAGGUGGGAGAGGAAAUCCAACAUGUAGAUAUCAACCAUGGAACUGCAAUGAGGAAUCCAUCAAAUAUUGUCAAAAUGUUUUGUAAAUUAAUAUUGUUGAGGAUAGUCCUUGAAGUGCUCAAGUUGUUGUGUGGCACUUGCCAGAGGACUACAUGAUAUGGGAACAUAGAUAUCUAUUUUUUGGGGCUUAAGUUGACAUGUAUAAUCAUGAUUCUCAUAUUAAGGUGUUAAAUAAUAGAGUUCUAUUUGGUAAUAUUAGCAUUAUCAACUCUGUAACCAAUCAAAAAAUGUCUUCAGACUAAUAGAAAGUUAAGAUUCUUUUGUUUUA